UUAAAUUCUCAUAUUUUUUAAGCAUCAUACGCAAACGGGUCCCAACAGCUAGCUCAGCAAUAAUUAUUAGUUCCAUAAAAUCCAUUUUUCUGCUUCCUUUUCGAUCUUCAGAAUGAUCAGAUAGCUAGCCAUUAAAGCCGCGCACUUGAAGAAGAUCGAUAGAGCUCAAACAGAUCGGUGUGAAGGGAAAUUAAUCUUAUUGUUUUAUUGAUUAAUGGGUUCAGACAAGUCUCCACAAAGAUCAGAAGCAGCCUGUUGCUUUUGCUUCUCCUUCUCCACCAAGAAGAAGGAUGGAGACAAGUCCAGGAGCUACGAUGGGGUCUCAGGAGGAUCAAACAUGGAGGAUGUUGAUGAUGAGAUAUUAUCUGACCGGAGCACGUUUUCUGUCAGAGAACAGGAACGGAGGCUGAAGAUGGCGCUCAGGGAAGAGCAGAGGGUUAGUAGGGAGGCUGAGAGGGUUGUUCAUUGGGUGAAGCAAGAAUCUGCAAGAAUGGACGAUUCUCUCAUCAUCAAAACUGUCAUGAGUCAUGAUCACAAACAAACCAUCAAGUAAUUUGUUUUCAUCAGUUCAUACACUUUUUUUUUUU